AUUUACAUCUUAUUCUAAGUAUCUUACUUCUGCUGUCAACAGCAAGUCCCUAAGUUUCUUCCCCCAAAUCUUUGUUUCCCCCAAGAUAAAACAUACUACAACAGAGUCGUCCAAUAUGUAUACUCGUGCUGUGAUUAUGGUUAUCAUUUGUAUAAAGAGCAUCUCAUAAAGAUGAAUUUAAUAGUAAUCUUUUGACGCAUUAGUUUGCUUUUGCCAUUUCAACGGUCAACAUCGUGGAGCAGUUGGCAUCCAUUCCAUUCUAGUGCUCGAUGUGUAUCAUAGUAGCUGAUCUGAUUUAAUUUAAACACUCGUUACUAAUUGCUUUCAAUUUAAUUUGAAGUAUUAUCACAGCUCGAGUGGGUGGAUGGUCAAGUAAUCAACUUGUUAUAUAAAGCUUGAGAAAAUAUACAUACAUACAUAUACACAAUGGAUCAAGCAGAUAAUACACAAAUGGGACGAUCUAUAUCGAUGCCAGUUAAACCACGACCAAUUGAACCGAAAUCACUUAAACGCUCGGAGGAAAAGGAGAAAAUUAACGAUUUCCGGGACUAUUAUCCAGAAAGUCCAAUUGUGGAACGACGAAAAAAAUGUGAAUUGGCUAGCAGCAUAAGUAGAAGUGCGAAUAACGUACCCUGUACCAGUGAUUGGGUUGGCAGUACAAUGGAAUUGAAUCUAGAUUCACGCUAUAGUGAUGUUGAUCAUAUGAGUGCACGACGUCGUCAUCAUCGUGUCAUCGAAAAUGGCAAUGAAAAUGCCAACAUCCGACGCAUACCCCAAAAGUCGUGGCGCUAUGUUCGAGAUUUGGUAACCACAAUGAUUGAAUUAGAUUGGAAAUAUAUGCUGACGAUUUUUAUUGGUACCUACUUCGUCACAUGGUUAUUCUUUGCUUUGCUAAACUAUAUGGUUGCAUAUUCGCAUGGCGAUCAAAUGUUUGACGAAGUGACUGGCGAACGUUUGGGUGAGGGGAAGGAGCCCUGCAAAUAUAAUUUCGUCUCGAUGAAACCGUCCGUGGAAACCCAAACAACAAUCGGUUUUGGCGAGAAAUACGCAAGCGAUGAGUGUCCAGAGGCUAUAUUCCUAUUUGUGAUGCAAAUGAUUAUUGCAAUUGGAAUUGAAGGCAUGUUGGUCAGUAUGGUAUAUGCGAAAGCAGCUCGGCCAGCCAAGCAAAUUACGAAAUUGAAGUUUAGCGACAAAGCGGUG